AUGGCGCGGCGGUGGCCUGCUGCAGCGCUGCUGCUGCUGGCCUCGGCCGUGGCGGCGGCGGCGGCGGUGGAAGACGCGGUGACCUACGACAAGAAGGCGGUGCUCAUCAACGGGGAGAGGAAGAUUCUCUUCUCCGGAUCCAUACAUUACCCCCGGAGCACCCCCGAGAUGUGGGAAGGCCUGAUUCAGAAGGCGAAAGACGGAGGCUUGGAUGUGAUCCAGACCUACGUCUUCUGGAACGGGCACGAACCAACUCAAGGAAAUUACAACUUCGAAGGGAGGUACGAUUUGGUCAAGUUCAUUAAGACCGCCCACAAGGCCGGGCUCUUUGUGCAUCUCCGCAUCGGUCCCUACAUCUGCGGGGAGUGGAAUUUCGGUGGCUUCCCGGUUUGGCUCAAGUAUGUUCCGGGCAUCAGCUUCAGAACGGACAACGAGCCUUUCAAGACGGCAAUGCAGGGGUUUACCGAGAAAAUUGUGGGGAUGAUGAAGAGUGAGGAGCUCUUUGCUUCCCAGGGUGGCCCUAUUAUCCUUUCUCAGAUCGAGAAUGAGUAUGGGCCAGAAGAAAAAGAGUUUGGGGCUGCUGGAAAGUCAUACAGUAACUGGGCGGCAAAGAUGGCUGUGGGAUUGGACACCGGUGUGCCCUGGGUGAUGUGCAAGCAGGAUGACGCCCCGGACCCAGUGAUAAAUGCAUGCAAUGGUUUCUACUGUGAUGCAUUUUCUCCGAACCAGCCUUACAAGCCUGCAAUGUGGACUGAAGCUUGGACCGGAUGGUUCACUGAAUUUGGUGGGACCAUCCGUAAACGCCCGGUUGAAGAUCUUUCAUUUGCUGUUGCUCGCUUCGUGCAGAAGGGUGGUUCAUUUAUCAACUAUUACAUGUAUCAUGGAGGAACAAAUUUUGGGCGCACCGCUGGAGGUCCCUUCAUUACCACAAGCUAUGAUUAUGAUGCUCCACUUGAUGAAUAUGGACUUGCAAGAGAACCAAAGUAUGGACAUCUUAAAGAACUUCAUAAAGCUAUUAAGUUAUGUGAGCAGGCAUUGGUUUCUGUUGAUCCAGCUGUGACUUCCCUCGGAAGUAUGCAAGAGGCCCAUGUCUACCGAUCUUCAUCUGGUUGUGCAGCUUUUCUCGCCAACUACAACUCCAACUCUCAUGCAAAAGUUGUCUUCAACAAUGAGCAUUACAGUCUUCCACCUUGGUCAAUCAGCAUCCUUCCUGAUUGCAAAACUGUUGUUUUUAACACUGCAACCGUUGGUGUUCAGACAUCUCAAAUGCAAAUGUGGGCAGAUGGGGCCUCUACAAUGAUGUGGGAGAGGUAUGAUGAAGAGGUUGGUUCACUGGCAGCUGCUCCGGUCCUCACAACAACUGGUCUGCUGGAACAGCUUAACGUAACAAGAGACACCAGUGACUAUCUUUGGUACAUCACCAGUGUGGAUAUAAACCCAUCUGAGACGUUCCUACAAGGUGGCAAGCCCCUGUCUCUCAGUGUGCAGUCUGCUGGACAUGCGUUGCAUAUUUUUAUCAAUGGACAGCUACAAGGUUCUGCUUCUGGAACCAGGGAAGAUAAAAGAAUCUCAUACACGGGCGAUGUUAACCUUCGUGCGGGUACCAACAAAAUUGCACUGCUAAGUGUUGCUUGUGGGCUGCCGAAUAUUGGGGUCCAUUAUGAGACAUGGAAUACUGGUGUCAACGGUCCUGUUGUGCUUCAUAGGUUGGACGAAGGUUCACGAGAUCUGACCUGGCAGACUUGGUCCUAUCAGGUUGGUCUGAAAGGUGAACAGAUGAAUCUGAACUCCUUAGAAGGUGCGGGUUCAGUUGAAUGGAUGCAAGGAUCACUGGUAGCACAAAACCAAAUGCCAUUGACAUGGUAUAGGGCAUACUUUGAAACUCCAAGUGGCGACGAACCACUGGCUCUGGAUAUGGGUAGCAUGGGCAAGGGACAAAUCUGGAUAAAUGGACAAAGCAUUGGACGGUAUUCAACAGCAUAUGCAACUGGGGACUGCAAAGAUUGCAGUUACACUGGAUCAUUCCGGGCAACAAGAUGUCAAGCAGGUUGUGGUCAGCCCACACAGCGUUGGUAUCAUGUGCCAAAAUCCUGGUUGCAACCAACUAGAAAUCUGUUAGUUGUUUUUGAGGAAGUUGGUGGGGAUUCUUCGAAGAUUUCCCUUGCAAAGAGGUCAGUCUCAAGUGUCUGUGCUGAUGUAUCAGAGUUUCAUCCGGAUAUCAAGAACUGGCAGAUUGAGAACGCAGGGGAGCCUGCCCCUGAGUUCCACAAGGCAAAGGUGCAUUUAAGAUGUGCAGUUGGGCAGUCCAUUUCUGCCAUCAAAUUUGCAAGCUUCGGUACACCUCUUGGGACUUGUGGAAAUUUCGAGCAAGGGGAGUGCCAUGCAACUAAGUCACACACAGUUCUUGAGAAAUGCAUUGGGAAACAAAGGUGUGCCGUCACCAUCUCCCCCGACAACUUCGGUGGAGAUCCCUGCCCUAACAUGAUGAAAAGGGUGGCGGUUGAGGCGGUAUGUUCUCCUGGUACAUAGGCAGCUCCGUCGACUAAGACUAAUUUAAAGAUGGCGUCGAAAAAUGGGUGGUCUUGUGCGUGAUGAAGCAAGCACAAAUUGAAGCGGUGCGAUGAGAGUUCAAUUGUAAAGUGCCAAUUUCACCGUAGAUGUGGCUGGAGGAUUAGAGGGUCAUUUCUAGCAUUUCGUUUCAGAUUAGGAUUCGUGCUCUACUGCAUCUCCAUGAAUUGUUCAGAGCGGCCAACUGGGUAAUUAAGGUUGGUCCUGGGAUGGAGUGCAGGGAGAGUAAAGGCAGAAGAUUUGAUGCGUUGUUUUGCUUACGUGUUGGGCUGCCUCAUCUUUGUUGAAGAAGAAAGAUGCAGGUGAAUUGUGCAAUGUACCCUUCUUUUGAACUACUGGUGACUAGAGAAACCUUUUAGCUGUGCAGUGAGCAUAAAUAUGCUGCUGAU